AUGUUUCUAGUCGGAGGGAGAUGUCUGACAAUGCUAAUCGUUUUAAUACUUGUCGUUGGGUUGGUGAUGAGCUUUCCCACCAAACACCACAAACUCCACAACGGUGUUUUUUUGGAGGUAAGCAACUUUUCUCUUGAUUAUUUUCUUCUAGAUUUUAGGUAAAUAAUACGUUCCAAAUGUCUCAGGAUUUGGAUAUGAAACAAAUUAUUAAAUUGUAUUUAAAUGAAUUUAGCUGAUGUAAAUUAUCCUCUACGAAAUGAAUUAAAUACUUUACGCAAUAGCCUAAUAUAAUAGGUUAUUUGUUGUCAGUUAUCUCUUCAAAUUGAAUUGAAUAACUUUAAUUUAUCCACAGAGAGGAUCUGUUCUCGUGCCAAUGAAACUUACUGGAGUGUAUGACAUAUUCUGAAUUGUAAUUAACUUCAGUUACAAAAGUUAACCUUCUAACAAACCAAAUCAAAGAAUCACAGACUGACAAUGUUGUACCUAACAUUAUGCUACACUGCCAGUUGACCCCUUAGCCAUGAAUCAAUGGAAAUCUGUAUCAAUAAAUCUCUAGGGCCUUGGGGUAAAGGGUUGUUCAGCGUUUCUCCAUGUAUAGUAAGGUAUCUAGGCAUCAAGAGAAGGUCAUUCUGAGCUGCACGGAGCAGCAUAGUAUUACAGACAGCCUCCUCUUCUACAGCAGCUAUAAUAGAUAGGCUUGCUGAAUUCCAUUUGAAGCAAAUAUCUAUCUGUAAGAGGAUCCAAUGGAGGUGUUUGUGCGGCUCAUGGACAUAUAUGGGUUUACAAUCCUGUGUGUGUGUGUGUGUGUGUGUGUGUGUGUGUGUGUGUGUGUGUGUGUGUGUAGGGGCCUUGAAGGUCACCAUGAACAGAAUCAGAUGUAGAAUGAAAGAAAGGUGUAAACAGACAGAUUCCAGAUCUCUAUGAAGUCGUUCCUCUGUACUUUCUCUCCCCUGGGUCUCCUUCAAUGGAUGCCCUGUUGGUGUCCUGAUGCCCAUAGCCUAUAACUGAUUGAUGAUUUAUGUCAGUUGGACGUCAAACAGACGCGAAACAGUGAGGGAGAGAGACUGAGAGAGAGCGAGAGAGGGGAGUGAGAGAGUUUGAGAGAAAGAGGAGAGCGAAAGAGAGAGCGAGAGAGAGAGGCAGAGGGAGAGGGAGGGAGAGAGAGAGAGAGAGGGAAAGAGAGAGAGAGAGAGAGAGGGGAGAGGGAGUGGGCGAGAGAGAGAGAGAGAGAGAGAGAGAGAGAGAGCAUGUUGUGGUGCUGGUGGUGGUAAUGAGUGUGCGUUUUGGGCACCAUUGACCCUGUGCCACCAUGGUGACUGUAUCUUUCCUGGUGACCUGGUAGAUGCCAGUCUAACCAGGUAGAGGAGGGGCUGGUUUGUACAGUUGAGGAGCGAGAGGCACAAUAGCAACUGCUUACAUAACCCUAACCCAAACCUUACCCUAACUCAGCAGGGUUAGAGGAACCCUCAGCAGAUCUCUCUCACCCUGGAAUAAGGUCAGAGGUCAGGGUUUUCCCUCAUCAUGGGGGGCCGAGGAGGGGUGUAGAAUGUGGAGUGUGCAUGGCCUGGUUCCCAAAUAUUGUGACCUGUUCGCUCUACCUAUCUGUUUUCUCUCCCUCCCUCUCCUUGCCUCUUCCCUCUUUCAAGGCUUGCAUAAAAAAAAAUUAAAAAAAAUCCAAGAGGCGAUCAAAGGGCCCCAUAGUUUAUUGUUCUUCUGUAAUGGUUUGGAAAGGGCCAAGUGCAGAGGCCUUUCAUAUCUGUGGACACAUAAAUCAGGCAUGCCUGCCACACUGCCCGCCCGCCUGCCCUCAGUCCCUCCCUCCCUACCUCCCUCCCUGCCUCCCUGCCCUCCCUCCCUCCCUCCCUCCCUCCCUUCCUUCCUGCCUCCCUCCCUGCCUCCCUCCCUGCCGCCUGUGUUGUGUGUGUCGGAAAGGCCAGGACUCCCACGGCUGCACAGCCAUAGUGGCCCGUAAAGACAGACCACAUACCAUCAACCAAUACGCCUUUGAUCAUCAGGGGAGCCUCUCUGCAGAGAGAGAGAGAGAGAGAGAAGGAGAGAGAGGACAGUGGGAUCAGAGAGAAAGAGGGGGGAGAGAGAGAGAGAGGAGGAGGAGAAGAGUGAUAUAUAAGGAAACUGAAUACAGGAUCCAGAUGUGUAAAAAGCCGAGAUGAGGAAGGUGUGAAAAUAUGUGUCCCUUCUUGACUCCAGUCUUAAAGUUGUGUCAGCGUGUGUGUGGAUGUGGAAAUCCAUGUGUGUCUCACCUGUGAUGCGUGAUUUGAAGGAGUCAGGCGCAGGAGGGCAAAUCACAGUAUACAGAGUUUAUUCCGUAAUCCAGCGUAACCAGUCCAGUGCGCAAAACAGGCGCACUGGAACAAACAUGCACACGGGGAAAAUACCCCGGCAAUACAAAAUACUGAGCUCAACCGAGCUACUAAUCCUCACAAUGAACAAUCACCCACAAGGACAAGGGGGCAGAGGGAACACUUAAACACAUACUAAUGAGGGGAAUAUGAACCAGGUGUGUGUAAUUGACAAGACAAGACAAAUGGAAUGAUGAGAUAGGAAGCGGCAGUGGCUAGAAGGCCGGUGACGACGAACGCCGAAGCCUGCUCGAACAAGGAAGGGAGGCAGCUUCGGAGGAAGUCGUGACCGUACCCCCUCCCCCCCUUGACGCACAGCCCCAGCAGCGGGGACGGCCAGGAGGACGCUGAGCAGGGCGAGCCGGAUGGCGACGGUGGAAAUCCCGCAACAGGGAGGGAUCGAGGAUAUCCCUCACCGGGACCCAGCACCGUUCCUCCGGACCAUACCCCUCCCACUCCACGAGAUACUGAAGGCCCCCCACCCGACGCCUUGAAUCCAGGAUGGAACAGACGGAGUACGCCGGGGCCCUGAGGAGAGACACAUGAAACGAGGGGUUAAUACGGUAAUCAUGGGGGAGUAAUAACCUAUAGGUAACCUUGAUUCUCCUCAGGACUUUGAACGGCCCCACAAAUCGCGGGCUCAGCUUCCGGCAGGGCAGGCGGAGGGGCAGAUUCCGUGUCGAGAGCCAGACCCGAUCACUCGGUACAAAGACCGGGGCCUCACUGCGGUGGCGUUCAGCGUUGGCCUUCUGACGACGCACAGCGCGUUGGAGUUGGACAUGGGCAGCGUCCCACGUCUACUCUACGCGCCGAAACCAGUCAUCCACCUGAGGAGCCUCGGUCUGGCUCUGGUGCCACGGUGCCAGAACCAGUUGGUAACCUAAAACACAUUGGAAUGGCGUUAGGUUAGUGGAGGAGUGACGGAGAGAGUUCUGUGCAUAUUCAGCCCAUGGCAAGAACACCGACCACUCCCCCGGCCGGUCCUGGCAGUAGGACCGCAGGAACCUACCCACAUCCUGAUUUACCCGUUCCACCAGCCCAUUAGACUCGGGGUGGAAACCAGAGGUUAGGCUGACCGAGACCCCCAGACGUUCCAUGAACGCCUUCCAGACCUUGGAUGUGAACUGGGGACCCCGGUCAGACACUAUAUCCUCUGGUACCCUGUAGUGCCGGAAGACGUGUGUAAACAGGGCCUCCGCAGUUUGCAGGGCCGUGGGGAGACCGGGCAGAGGAAGGAGGCGGCAGGCCUUAGAAAAGCGGUCCACGACGACCAGGAUGGUGGUGUUACCUUGGUAGAGGGGAAGAUCGGUAAGGAAAUCAACACUCUGGUGAGACCAUGGUCGUUGUGGAACUGAUAAAGGUUAUAACUUACCCGCUGGGAGGUGCCUAGGUGCCUUACUCUGGGCGCACACCGAGCAGGAGGAGACAUACACCCUCACGUCCUUAGCCAAGGUAGGCCACCAGUACUUUCCGGUCAGUAGAUCAGACGGUCAUGGAUAAGAGCAGGCACGUACUGCAGCCCAGCUGGACACUGAGGUGGAGAUGGCUCUCUGCUUAACGCCUGCUCUAUAUGCGCGUCCAUCACCCAUACUACCAGCGCCACAAUGCAGGAGGACGGGAGUAUGGGGGUGUUGUCUCUGGGCCGCUCCUCUGUGUCAUACAGCCGUGACAAUGCGUCUGCCUUCACGUUCUUCGUACCCGGGAUGUUUGAUAGUGGGAAAUCAAACCGGGUGAAGAAUAGGGCCCACCUGGCCUGGCGAGGAUUCAGCCUCCUCGCUGCCCAGAUGUACUCCAGGUUACGGUGGUCCGUCCAGAUGAGGAAAGGGUGUUUCGCCCCUUCGAGCCAAUGCCUCCACACGGUCAGGGCUCGGACAACAGCCAACAGCUCCCGUUCACCAACAUUGUAGUUCUGCUCCGCCGGGCUGAGCUUCUUAGAGAAGAAGGCACAGGGGUGGAGCUUGGGUGGUGUGCCCGAGCAUUGAGAUAGCACAGCGCCUAUCCCUACCUCGGACGCAUCCACCUCCACUACGAAUGGUAGUGAUGGAUUGGGGUGGGCCAGUACCGGGGCUGAGGUGAACAGACCCCUCAGGUUACUGAAGGCACUGUCAGCCUCAGCAGACCAGCGGAGCCGGGACGGCCCACCCUUCAACAGAGAUGUAAUGGGAGCUGCGACUUUGCCAAAGCCCCGGAUAAACCUCCGAUAGUAGUUGGCGAAGCCAAUAAAGCACUGCUCUUCCUUAACCGUGGUUGGAGUCGGCCAAUUACACAUGGCUGAAAUGCGAUCUCCCUCCAUCUCCACACCUGAGGUGGUAAUGCGGUAUCCGAGGAAGGAGACGGACUGCUGUAAAAACAGACACUUUUCUGCCUUGGCAUAAAGGUCAUUUUCCAACAGUCGGGCCAGCACUUUGUGAACCAGGGACACAUGCUCGGCGCGCGUAGUGGAAUACACCAGAAUGUCAUCUAUGUAGACCACUACACCGUGACCAAGCAUGUCCCGAAACACCUCGUUCACAAAGGACUGGAAGAGCCACCGUGACUGUGUCACGGAGGCUCUCCGCACUGCCAAAGCUAACUCUCUCUCCUCUGCUCUUAUCCUUCUAGACCUAUCUGCUGCCUUUGAUACUGUGAAUCAUCAGAUCCUCCUCUCCACCCUCUCCGAGUUGGGCAUCUCCGGCGCUGCUCACUCUUGGAUUGCGUCCUACCUGACAGGUCGCUCCUACCAGGUGGUGUGGCGAGAAUCUGUCUCCGCACCACGUGCUCUCACCACUGGUGUCCCCCAGGGCUCAGUUCUAGGCCCUCUCCUAUUCUCUCUAUACACCAAGUUACUUGGCUCUGUCAUAUCCUCACAUGAUCUCUUCUAUCAUUGCUACGCAGACGACACAAAAUUAAUUUUCUCCUUUCCCACUUCUAAUAACCAGGUGGCGAAUCGCAUCUCUGCAUGUCUGGCAGACAUAUCAGUGUGGAUGUCGGAUCACAACCUCAAGCUGAACCUCGGCAAGACGGAGCUGCUCUUCCUCCAGGGGAAGUACUGCCCGCUCCAUGAUCUCGCCAUCAUGGUUGACAACUCCAUUGUGUCCUCCUCCCAGAGUGCAAAGAACCUUGGCGUGAUCCUGGACAACACCCUGUCGUUCUCUGCUAACAUCAAUGCAGUGACCCGAUCCUGCAGGUUCAUGCUCUACAACAUUCGCAGAGUAUGACCCUACCUUACACAGAAAGCGGCACAGGUCCUAAUCCAGGCACUUGUCAUCUCCCGUCUGGAUUACUGCAACUCGCUGUUGGCUGGGCUCCCUGCCUAUGCCAUUAAACCCUUGCAAUUUAUCCAGAACGCUGCAGCCCGUCUGGUGUUCAACCUUCCCAAGUUCUCUCACGUCACCCCACUCCUCCGCACACUCCACUGGCUUCCAGUUGAAUCUCACAUCUACUACAAAACUAUGGUGCUUGCCUACGGAGCUGUGAGGGGAACGGCACCUCCUUACCUUCAGGCUCUGAUCAGACCCUACACCCAAACGAGGGCACUACGUUCAUCCACCUCUGGACUGCUAGACCCCUACCUCUACGGAAGCACAGUUCCCGCUCAGCCCAGUCAAAGCUAUUCGCUGCUCUGGCACCCCAAUGGUGGAACAAGCUCCCCCACGACGCCAGGACAGCAGAGUCACUGACCACCUUCCGGAGAAACUUGAAACCCUACCUCUUUAAGGAAUACCUGGAAUAGUAUAAUAGUAAUCCUUCUACCCCCCCUUUACUACCACCGUCUUUUGUCUAAACUAACACCUGACUUAUUUCACCUGCUAGCACUGACUUGUUUAAAGAAAUGUACUGAUUGUGAUCGAGAUGUAGUUGUUCCUGAUAGCACUGACUUUGCUCACAGCUGCUUGUUUGAAGAAGUGUACUUACUGUGAUCAAGAUGUGGUUGUCCCACUGGCUAUCCUAAGUUGAAUGCAUCAAUUUGUAAGUCUCUCUGGAUAAGAGCGUCUGCUAAAUGACUUAAAUGUAAAUGUAAAUGUAAGACGGAUGGAGCAUUCAUCAAACUGUAGGGCAUCACCAGGUAUUCAUAAUGCCCCGUGGUUGUGAUGAAUGCUGUCUUCCACUCAUCCCCCUCUCGGCCAUGCACCAGGUUGUACGCACUCCGGAGAUCUAAUUUGGUGAAGAAGUUCGCCCCAUGCAUUGUCUCGAUCACUGAAGGGGAGAGGAUAACUAAAUCGCAUCGUCUCCUUGUUCAGUGAUCAAUAAUCAAUGCAAAGGCACAGACCGCCGUCUUUCUUCUUCACAAAAAAUAAACUUGAGGAGGCGGGUGAAGUGGAGGGAUGUAUAAACCCCUGGCCUCCGUUUCAGUCUGUGACGGGGGAUACACAUGACUCCUGGGAGGCACAGCGUCUACCCAGAGGUUUAUUGCGCAAUCCCCGCCCGAUGAGGUGGUAACUUGGUCGCCUGCGUUUUGGAAAACGCGUGCGCCAAAUCGAGGUAUUCGGGGGGAACGAGCACGGUGGAGGUACUGUCUGGACUUUCCACCGUGGUUGCAUCAACGGAAACACCGAGACACCUACCCUGACACUCUCGCAACCACCCUACCAAACCCGGACCCUAAUGGUCGACUGUCAAGUGCUCUGAUGGGGAGUGGAAUGGAUAGGGGAACCAAUGAAAUGCCUAGACUGUGUGAGAAUGCCCUGUCCAUAAAUUUCCCAGCUGCGCCUGAAUCGACUAGCGCCUUACACUGGGGAACUACAAUGUGAUCAGGAAAGUGGAUGGGUAGGGUACAGUGCGGAGCAGAGGGGUCUGAACAAGUGUGGGUGUUCGAUACCGGUGUAAUGUCCCUUCAGAGUGACACUGGCGCUGUCGUCCUCCGCUCUCUCGGAUCGCGGCUCCACCCAGCUCCAUCAGCUCGUGAUCCGAGUCAGCCGGGGUUGGAACGGGCAGGCCCCCUCCAGGACGUCCUCUGGCUGCCAGCAGGUUGUCCAAAUGGAUGGCCAUGUCCACCAGUUGCAUGAAGGACAACAUGGUGUCCCGGCAGGCUAGCUCCCUUCCCUUCCUCCCGCAGAUGGCACCGGAAGUGGUCGAUAAGGGCCCGCUCGUUCCACCCGGAUCCAGCUGCUAGAGUCCGAAACUCCAAGGCGAAGUCCUGCACAGUCCUCGUCCCCUGCCUCAGGUGGACCAGCCGCUCGCACGCCUCUCGACCUUCGGGCGGGUGAGCGAACUUCCCGUAGUUGUCCAACGCGCCUCCUCCUUCAUUUCAGACCGCGUUGGCCCACUCCAGGGCUUUCCCAGAGAGGCAGAAGACAAGGGUGGACACCUUCUCCCGCUCCGAUGGGGCCGGGCUGAUGCUGGAGAAGUAGAGCUCCAGUUGGAGGAGGAAUCCCUGGCAGAGAGCAGCUGUCCUGUCGAACUCCCGUGGUCGGGAUAUAUGGAUCCCUCUGGGUGCUGGGAUGCGGGUGGCUGGAUCCAGUUGCCCAGCUGGUCUCGACAGAUCGGGUCCUCUCCUCUCCAGGCGUUGGACGACCUGGAGAACCCGAUCCAUCGCUUCUCCCAAGCUGGCUAGCACUGUUGAAUGCUCCUGGACCCGUGCCAUGACUCCAGGCAUGUGCUCCUCUCCCACUGACUCCAUAGUUGGUGGGUGAUUCUGUGAUGCGUGAUUUGAAGGAGUCAGGCGCAGGAGGGUAAAUCACAGUAUACAGAGUUUAUUCCGUAAUCCAGCGUAACCAGUCCAGUGCGCAAAACAGGCGCACUGGAACAAACAUUCACACGGGGAAAAUACCCCGGCAAUACAAAAUACUGAGCUCAACCGAGCUACUAAUCCUCACAAUCAACAAUCACCCACAAGGACAAGGGGGCAGAGGGAACACUUAAACACAUACUAAUGAGGGAAUAUGAACCAGGUGUGUGUAAUUGACAAGACAAGACAAAUGGAAUGAUGAGAUAUGGAGCGGCAGUGGCUAGAAGGCCGGUGACGAUGAAAGCCGAAGCCUGCCCGAACAAGGAGGGGAGGCAGCUUUGGAGGAAGUCGUGACAUCACCCUACUUACCCAGACAAUGGAAGAGGAAAGAUAUUGAGUAAUCAGUCUAGGCACAGAUAGAAAUACCAAUAUCUAGUUUAUGAUUAAACCACUCAAAAAUCAGACUAAUUGAUUAAGUGAUAAAACCAGGUCCAAGUAGAACAUCAAGUCCAAUUUAAAUCAAAUUAUAAAAUGGGUGGUUCGAGCCCUAAAUGCUGAUUCGCUGACAGCCAUGGUAUAUCAGACCGUAUACCACAUGUAUGACCAAAAAAUUAUUUUUACUGCUCUAAUUACGUUGGUAACCAGUUUAUAAUAGCAAUAAGGCACCUCGAUGGUUUGUGAUAUAUGGACAAUAUACCACGGCUAAGGGCUGUGUCCAGGCACUCCGCGUUGCAACGUGCAUAAGAACAGCCCUUAGGCGUGGUAUAUUGGCCAUAUACCACACCCCCUCUGGCCUUAUUGCUUAAAUAUAGAACACCAAGUCCAAUUAAAUCAAAAUAUAGAACACCAGGUCCAAUUAAAUCAAAAUAUAGAACACCAGGUCCAAUUAAAUCAAAAUACAGAACACCAUUCAAACUGCACAAAGAAGGAAGACAAGUCCUAACGUGUUUGGAACCAUGUAAUGGCCAUCCCCUAAUUCUCAGAGGGACCUGACAAGGCCCAGAGGAGGUCUUCAGGAUCCUCCUCUUUCUCUCUUCAGUAAUGAGCCAAUAAUGUUUGACAGGGGUUGCCUCUAAAUGGUGACCACGUGUUCUCAUGGUUGGAUCAGAUCUGUUCUCGGGCCCAUAACCAACUGUUUUGUCACCACUCAGCCAGUGGGACCAAGUCCUAUCAGAUGUUUGGGCUCUUUAUUGGCACUUUGGAUACUGGCUGAAUUAAACGCUAAGAGUCGUAGAAGAUACCCUUACCUGACCUUAGAUCAAUUUCUAGUGGCAACUUGAUCCAAAGAAGGAUGGUUGACAUUUACAUUUGAGUCAUUUAGCAGACGCUCUUAUCCAGAGCGAUUUACAGUUAGUGCGUUUUUUCGUCAAUAAAAGUAGCUUAUCAGCAAAGUCAGAGCUAGACGAUGUUCACUUUGUCACAGACAGGUGGCUGAUGGGUAGACAGAGUGAGGAGGACCUUAGGGAGAACUACGGCUUCCUGUCUGUUGAGUGUAGCUGCACAACGUUUACAUGUUAGUUAUUAGCAGACGCUCUUAUCCAGAGCGAGUUACAGGAGCAAUUAGGGUUAAGGGCCUUUCACAAGGCUUGGGGAUUUGACCCAGCGACCUUUAGGUUACUGGCCCAACGCUCUUAACCGCUAGGCUACCUGCCGCCCUAGGGCACGGCAGGUCACAGCAGGUUGAAACACAGGGCCAGCCUGCCCACCAUCCCAGGGGUACCACGACUCCAAAGCUCUCUCAUUAAAACUAGAGAAUCUGGCACAGGCUCCUCUUUGUCAGAUGCCUGGAUGCCAGGGCUCUGGCUGCUAUGGGAAACAAAUGAGAAGCAGACGGAUGGACGGGGUUUGGUUGGUUGGUUGGUCUGCUGGUUUGUUGCCCCAAUGGUUUCUAGGAGCUCUGUCACUAAGUCAUAGCAUGGUGUAAAUGUUUUUCCUGGGAAAGUAGCUAAAGCAAGUAUCCUUUGUGUCUUAAACCAGCCAGUAGCCACUGUAUUGUUUAUGAUUAAUGUCAUCAAGGUCUUCAGAACGGUCCAGUCCACUGUAUUUCAUCAUGAUGCUUAAUUGAGGUGUCCUAUCUUUUUCCUCAGGAUCGUGCUCAGCUGCCCAUCAGUGGGGUCCAUCAUGGACCGGAGGCCCUGGAGCAGCAGAACCAGGUCCAGAGCCUCCUACCCCCCGUCACUGAGCACCGCCACAAGAGGAGGUGGUCCCACUCCCAGCACCGCUCCGUAGGGGUUCUGCCCCAGCCAGAGCCUGAGGAGGAGAUCAAGCCCUUCGUUCUGGACCUGAAGAACUUCCCUGAACUGGCCAACGCAGACAUCAGCUCUCAGAACCCCAACAUCCAGGUUUGGUGAUGAUAAUUGAUUUGAUUUUUAUAAUGCUUUUCUAGACCCUCAAAGCGAUUUACAUUUGUAAGGGGGAAACUCACCUAAUCUAAAUAAUAAAUAAUAUAUAUAUAAAUAAUAUAUAUGCCAUUAAGCAGACGCUUUUAUCAAAAGCGACUUACAGUCAUGCGUGCAUACAUUUUAAAUAUUGGUGGUCCCAGGAAUCAAACCCAGAAUAAUGGUGUUGCAAGCGCCAUGCUCUACCAACCGCCAUACUCUACCAACAAUGCAUAGCACCCUGGUAAAGCAGGGAAGAGCAAUGAGUAUAGCGAUCCUUUAUCUUGAUUCCAUUCUAUGGUGAGGAGUUUCUACUUGGCAUGAGUGGCAAUUCAGCAGAACAAGACAGUAGCUACUUUCACAUUGCAUAAAUAGUUCCAGUCUCCACCUUCAGUUCUUCCAUUUCCUGUGUUUCCUCCAGCGAUUAGCCUCAAUGUCUUCAGCAUGUCCUUUCCUGUGAUUCCUCCAGCGAUUAGCCUCAAUGUCUUCAGCAUGUCCUUUCCUGUAAUUCCUCCAGCGACUAGCCUCAAUGUCUUCAGCAUGUCCUUUCCUGUGAUUCAUCCACCGAUUAACCUCAAUGUCUUCAGCAUCUAAUUUCUUGUGAUUCCUCCAGCGAUUAGCCUCAAUAUCUUCAGCAUGUCCUUUCCUGUGAUUCCUCCAGCGAUUAGCCUCAAGAUCUUCAGCAUGUCCUUCUGUUCAACUCAUCUCAAUCUCACGGUAGUUAGUUCCAUCUACUGGUCGAUGUGGUUAGCUGGAGCUGGAUGUACUGAUCCCAUGCAGGCUGGCUCUGCCCUCUUAUGGUCUCUCCAUGUUGCCUGGUCCUGACAUCUACUAUGGGAGUGAGCUAACGUACAGAUUGAGUCAUACAGUAGUGCCUACCAGUCUAAUGAGAUGUAGUUAAGCAUAACAAACACUGACAUCUCUCUUGCUCCAAGAUGGGAGGAAGUGGGAUCUUCUGACUGAGUGCUCACUGCUCAUCUCAUGUCUGACUGGUUUAGUCAGAGCUAUAAAUUAGGCAAGUCAAUCCCCUGGUACUUCUGGAAGUUGGGAAAUGUGCCAUCGGUGAAUUUGGUAAACAUCUCUUGCUUCCAUUGUGGUUUUCUAAUAACGUUUAGAUGUUAAGUUUUGCGUGCAUCCUCCUUCUAUUGAAAGUCUGUCUUUUUGUGAAGUAAGUGUUCAACUUUGUAGGACUAGUUGUAGCCAUCUUAGCAUGUCCAGGGAAUCAAUAUAAAUAUCAUGCUUCCACAUAGAGCAAUGGUUCUCUAAAUUAUUCACUCUCCUUUCCUCCAUCGCAGGUGACCAUAGAGGUGGUGGAUGACCCUAACAUGGAGUUAGAGAUGGAUCUGGUCAAGGACUGGAUCCCCCCGUCCUCCCCGUCCACUGUAGAUCGGCCGGGGGGUAAGAAGCUGUUCUGGCCUUUGUUCUGGGGAUACACAGACGCUGACUCCAGCGAGGAUGGGACGGGCCGCUCAGGGCCGGAGGAGACUGGAGAGGAAGAGGAGAAAGAGGAGGAAGGGGAGGAAGAUUACCUGUUGGAGUAUGGUAGCGAAGAGCCCCUCCCCAGCGGAGUUGGAGGUGACUGGGACAGUCGCUGGAACGAGGGUUGGGACGCUACGCAGAGCCACUAUGGUGAGGCUUCUUCUGUUCGCUAAGUGGCAGAGUAUCUGGCUAGCUGUCACCCAUGCCAAUGGCUUCCAGGCCAAAGUCUUUCAAAGAAAUUGCCCUAAUUGGAGAAUCUGAAAAAGACCGGUGAUCUCUGAUCCACUUUUGCCUGCCUCAGAGUAGGGGAUCAUUAUAAGAUGGAUGUUACUGUUUUGAAAUAGUGGGAGGCAAAGUGAAAGAAAGAGAUUCAUAGGAUUCACAGAGAAAUGUCAAAAAGUGAUUAGUUAGCAAAGAGACAGAGAGACAGCGGGAGAGGGAAGGGGCAGAGGACUGUGGCAGGGCGGCAGGCUGUACUGACUGAGGACUGUGGCAGGGCGGCAGGGCUGUACUGACUGAGCGAGCGAGAGAGCUCUGCUCUGCAAGCACUCGACCAUCAGGCCCAUUGUGGAGCUCCAGCCUUUGAAGUGGACACUGGGUCCCAACUCGCAGCUCGCUGUGGAGGCCUGCUGCUUUUGAAGAUGGGCCUGAUGCGCUCGCUAAUGGCAGCAUGAGCCUGUUCCCCCGGACGGACAGAACAGCCCACUGCUUGUGUACAAUUAGAGGGCAGAUUGGGAACAGGGGAUGACAGGGGCCAUUCGGCUGGGUCUUUCAUCCUCUCUCCGGGCCCCACAGACCCCCAGACCCUGGCUCGGCCCUCUGCCUUAGGCGGCAAGGCCUUUUGAGCCUGUUCAAGAAUUCGGGGGCUUUCAGGGACGUGGAUAACAUUUACGCCUCUAUUGUUUUUUGUUUCUCUUAAUUCUCAGUCCGUUUUCUCCCUGUGCAUGAUGGGAAAAGAGCAUAACACUUUCUGGCUGAACAGCCAGGCAGCUUUUUUCAGCCCCGUAAACCACAGCAGAGCCAUGCAGCUUAAUUCAGCCCUGUAGACAACAGCAGAGCCAUUAAGCUUUAUUCAAGUGAGAGAAGGGAUGCAGCUUCAUAAUGUAACUGAAUGUCCACUUAGAGAAGGGCUGCAGCUUUAGCCCCAGGGGCGGCAGGUAGCUUAGUGGGUAAGAGCGUUGAGCCAGUAACCGAAAGGUCGCUGGUUCUAAUCCCCGAGCUGACUAGGUGAAAAAUCUGUCGAUGUGCCCUUAAGCAAGGCACUUAACCCUAAUUGCUCCUGUAAGUCGCUGAAUGUCCACUUAGAGAAGGGCUGCAGCUUCAUAAUGUAACUGAAUGUGUAGACGAUGACCCUGUUUAAUUCUAAGUCGUGACAUUUUUAUUAGCCUCCUCUACCCUUCAGAUCAGCAUUUAGAUUCAAAACGAAGAGACAAGCAAAUGCUCUGAACAUCAAAGCUCAACGAGCCCAAACUCUAGCUAUGUUGAUCACAACAUACAGUGUGAUGUAAAUGAGUAUGUGGCUGUGUGUAUUCAGUGUGUAUACACGUAUCAACCUUGACUGUCACUGAAUGAGGUGCAUGUGGUCUAGGAACAGGGCAACAGUGUUUAUUAAGUGGUCAGAUCUGAUGGCUUUUAGUGAACGUAAAGUAUGUCAGUCAGACUAGCGUAAAGUUGGGGCUUCCCUUCUGUAAUUAAAAUCGCUCCUGAGAAGAGUCUAUUUCCUGUGUUCUGGCUGCGCCACAAGGGACCCAGCUGCACCGUCACCAAAGCUGCCAUUUCUGCGCACACCUCAUCUCGUCGGUAAUCGAGAGCGGACAUGUUUUCAGUAUCAUUAACACCAGACUCAAACCUUUCAGAAGGCAGAUAGCUUCAGCCUAACCUAGUUCCUCCUCUCUGAUUUGUCAGGAGGCUACGUUACAGGACUAUAUGGCUGCUGGGAAAGGUUAGACCAGAGGAGCAUUAUACUGUACAUAGAAAAGCCUUGUUAUGGAUUUGGAAUUUGUUGUCAUGGAACAAAAAUAUUAAAUAGGAUUUCAGGUAAAUUCACUUUAAGUAAUGUGGAUGUUAAGGGAUUAGUUAAAGGAGUUUUAAGAGGUUAUUUACUUAUCCUUGUAAUAUCUACAGUCUAGCUUCUGGCUCAUACGUCAGUGCAGUAAAUGCAUCUAAACCAAAUCUAGCUUUGUUUCUCAGCAUGAUUCACCAUAAUCACUGUUUACUAUGAUAACUUCCCCUUCCUGUCCACUCCUAAUUAACCCUUUCAAGUUGUUUUCCUUUUCCUUGAUGGCUCGUUAAGCACAGGUGGUGAACAAGCAAAAUGCUUUUAAUUGGAGUUCUACACAGUUAGGACGUAGCCUAGUUAGGAAAUCCCACAUCUGGGAGAGAAAUUAAACUCUUACUGAUUAGAGAGUAAUCAUGUGAUGUGGGAGAAUUGUGUGUGUGUGUGUGUGUGUGUUACCCAUAAAAUGUAAAACAGCUUAAAUAGGAGAAGCACUAUACAUCUAAUGAGUUUUGUUUUGUCCCCCACAGAGGAAGAAACGGAGGAGUGGAGUGCCUGGUCUCCGUGCUCUGUCACCUGUGGUCAUGGAGAGAGGGAAAGGACCCGGUCCUGUGGUUACUCCUGCACCCUGACAGAGGCCUCCAAAUGUGACAUGGAGCCUUGUCCAGACGAUGGCAACACUGUGGCUGAACCUUUCCCCUUCCAGAUGGAGAAUGGCACUGAAUCUUUUGGCACAGGUACGUGGAAUACCCUUUUUUGUUUUACACCUGGCAAAAAUAUAAUAUAACAGAACAGAGCAGAAAAGAACAGAACAGGGCAGAACAGAAUAGAACAGGGCAGAAUAGAACAGGGCAGAAUAGAACAGGGCAGAACAGAAUAGAACAGAAUAGAACAGGGCAGAAUAGAACAGGGCAGACCAGAAUAGAACAGAGCAGAACAGGACAGAAUAGAACAGAGCAGAACAGAACAGGACAGAACAGAACUGGGCAGAGCAGAGCAGAGCAGAACAGAACAGAACAGAGCAGAACAGAACAGAAUAGAGCAGAAUAGAACAGAACAGGGCAGAACAGAACAGGGCAGGGCAGAACAGAAUAGAAUAGAACAGAGCAGAGCAGAACAGAACAGAACAGAACAGGGCAGAACAGAACAGAAUAGAACAGGGCAGGGCAGAACAGAGCAGAACAGAAUAGAACAGAGAAAAACAGAACAGAACAGGGCAAAACAGAAUAGAAUAGAACAGAACAGAACAGAACAGGGCAGAACAGAAUAGAACAGAACAGAGCAGAGCAGAACAGAACAGGGCAGAACAGAACAGAACAGAAUAGAACAGAACAGAGCAGAACAGAACAGGGCAGAACAGAAUAGAACAGAACAGAACAGAAUAGAACAGAACAGGGCAGAACAGAAAUAACUAUGUAAUUAGAUGGUAAUUGACACAAUGGCCUCCCACUACUCCCUUUAGAUGUGGACACCUGUGAGAAAUGGCUGAACUGUAAGAGCAAAUUUCUCCAGAGGUACCUCAACCAGGUCCUGUCAGAACUACCCAGCUGCCCCUGCACUUACCCCUCGGCCACCCCCUACACCGUGGUCAGCGUCUUCGACGAGGGACACGGCCGGACCUUCCGUUGGCGUGACGCCAGCGGCCCUAAAGAACGCCUGGACAUCUACAAACCCUCGGCGAGGACUUGCAUCCGCUCGUCCCUCUCCGGCGACGUCGCCACGCUCGCUGCGCAGCACUGUUGCUACGACAACCGCGGCCGUUUGAUCACGCGGGGGAAGGGUGCGGGAACGCCCAACCUGAUCAGCACGGAGUUCUCCCCGGAGCUCCACUUCAAGGUGGACGUGCUGCCCUGGAUCCUGUGUAAAGGGGACUGGAGCCACUUCCACGUGGUGCGGCCGCCCAACAAUGGGCUGGUCUGCCCGGAGAACCCCCACCAGGACGUGUUCAUGAACGAGCUGGAGGAGGCCCGGGAGUACUGA